AAGAUAUGAUCAUCCUCAUUCAGAGAAGUUGGAAAAACUGUGACUUUUUGUCUCAAUCUUUCAACCUAUUAUGGUCAUCGUCCUCUUACAGCUCCCUUUCGUCCAAUCCCAGGUAUACUCCACUGCGCUGUCUCCGCAAAGACGACAAUGACAUUCUCUCAACCAUCUCUGAAGCUAUCAACAAUUCCGAAACACAGGCGCUGGAUUCGUCUCUUCGAAGGAUCCUCCCUUCACUCAGAGCUCACCAUGUCAUCAAUCUCAUUAACUUCAACCCUCACUCUCUUUCCCCUUCUUCCCUCUUCUCUUUCUUCAGUUGGCUCGCUUCUCGCCCCCCAUUUCGCCACACUAUUCAAUCCUACUGCACUAUGGCUCACUUCCUCUGCAUUCACCGGAUGCUCCCUGAAGCUCUAUCCCUCAUGAAAUUCAUAGUGUCUUGGAAAGGCAAGGACUCUGCUUCUUUAUUGUUUGCGUCUGUUCUUCAAACAAGAGGUACCCACCAAUCCAAUAUUGUAUUUGAUGUUUUGAUUCAUGCUUAUAUGGAUUCUGGAUUUGUUGCGGAUGCCAUUCAAUGUUUUCGGUUGGGUAGGACAAAUAGUCUUCAAGUCCCACUUCGUUCUUGUGGUGAUCUGCUUGAUAAGACGAUGAAGUUGAAAUCAGCCGAAUCUGCCUGGGCAUUCUAUUUGGAAAUUUUGGAUUCUGGGUAUCCUCCGAGAGCUUAUAACUUCAAUAUUUUGAUGCAUAGAUUUUGUAAGGAAGGUAAUAUCAGAAGUGCCCAGUUGGUAUUUGAUGAAAUGGGGAAGAGACGUUUGCGUCCUACGGUUGUUAGUUUUAACACCUUGAUCAAUGGGUAUUGUAAAUCAGGAAACCUCAGUGAGGGGUUUAGGUUGAAGAGUGUCAUGGAAAAUGAAAAAAUUUGUCCAGAUGUUUUCACUUUCAGUUCUUUGAUCAAUGGGCUGUGUAAACAGUGCAGGUUAGAUGAGGCAAAUAAUCUGUUUGAUGAAAUGUUCAAGCGAGGCUUGGUUCCAAAUUAUGUUACUUUCACCACUUUAAUUGAUGGGCAGUGCAAAGACGGGAAAGUUGAUUUAGCCAUUAAAAAUUUUCAGCUAAUGCUAGCUAAGGGCAUCAAACCUGACUUAGUCACAUACAAUGCACUGAUCAAUGGCCUUUGCAGGGUUGGAGAUUUAAAAGAGGCUAGGAAGCUUCUAGAUGAGAUGAGAGCAAAUGAAUUGAAGCCUGACAAGAUCACUUUCACCACGCUAAUAGAUGGAUUCUGUAAGGAUGGAGAUCUUGGGCUGGCCUUGGAGAUCAAGCAGAGAAUGAUUGAGGAAGGGAUCAAACUUGAUGACGUAGCUUUCUCUGUGCUUAUCUCUGGACUCUGUAAAGAUGGAAGAGUUCAUGAAGCGGAAAAAAUGUUGAGGGAGAUGAUAAAUUCUGGUUUCAAACCUGAUGACGCCACAUUCACUAUGGUGAUUGAUGGUUUUUGUAAGAAGGGUGACACUAAGAUGGGAUUUAAGCUACUCAAGGAAAUGCAAAGGGAUGGACAUGUUCCAGGAGUUGUGACAUAUAAUGUGCUUAUGAAUGGACUCUGCAAGCAAGGUCAAAUGAAAAAUGCUAAAAUGCUGUUGGACGCAAUGCUUAAUGUGGGGGUAGUUCCAGAUGAUAUUACAUUUAACAUUUUGCUAGAUGGACAUUGCAAGCAUGGCAGUUCUGAAGAAAUUGAGCUAUUUAGAGGUGAGAAAGGACUUAUUACAGAUUAUGCUUCUUAUACUGCACUUCUUAACGAAGCUAGAGAAGUUUCCAAAGAUCGCACUAAGAGAUGAUUGCUGCCGCGUGUUAUUUUCUGGAAAUCCUUAUUUUCUGGAAAUCCAUACUUGGUGGAUAACAUGGCUAACUAGCAAAGCUCCAGAGUUAACUGAAGCAUCUUAAUCAACUCUUCCAUACUAGCCAUGUUAAUAGAGGACAUCUUCAAGUUUAGGUUUAUUGGCCAAAAGAACAUUUCAAAAAACCAAGCGAAGCAAGCCUCUGCCGUGUAACUAAACGAUUGUCAUCCUUAAGUUCUCUUUCAACAUUUCUGGUGAUGGAACUAUACAUCUCUUGAUGUUUCUGUAAUGGAUUAUUUAUAAAUGGAGAUUGAGGUCUUUUUGUUGCGCUCAAUUCAACCUUAUCUUGAAAGCUACUUGGCUUGUAAAGUCGGAAACCAAAAUGAAGCAUGCUGGCUUACCAAUGAGCUAGUAAAUGCUAAGAUACCCAUGCCCAAGUUAGUUGUACAAGAAGGGCUCUGAUGGCAAUUACCUAAUUGCUUGCGGAGAUGCAAAAUUACGCUGGAUGCUUCUUCUAGUAUCCUGGGUGCCUUCAAGACCUGUAUUGAGUAUUUUUCCAAGUUCAUCUAAUUUCCCUCGGAGAGUCCUAUUUGAUGAUGUCGAUUCAAGACUCUCUUGUCUUC